CUGACUGGGCAAGAAAGAUGUCAUUAUCGGCCGGGCUCUGCAGCCAACAUCGAGGUAGGGUGCACCAUUUAUAAGGUGCCUGCCCAAGCCGCUGACGUCUUUCGAAUUGGAGUCGGGUUCUCAGUUCGGGAGUUCUGAUUGAGAGCACGAGGCCGGUUCGUCCAGAUCAGCUUCUUGAGCAGGGAGAGUGGAGGGCAAAGAGGCCGGGAAAGGCCCGGCACUGAGACGGAAGCCGUUGCGAGUCGUCAGUUUAGAGAUGAAAGGAAGGGUUCUGGUGGAAACGGAGUGUGGACCUGCCAGAUUUGCUGCCGGUGCGCUCAGAUACAUCAGUGUGACAUGAUCCGUUGAUUUUGGUGCAACAUUGGCUUAUCUUCUGAAAAUUAUAACCACAGAGCUUCUGAACUUAAAAAAACCACAAACAACAUUUUAAUGUCUAAAAAACUACAACGACUUCGAGAUCAUGACACAAAUCCAUGUAUUAAGGAAACAGAUGCAUCUAGAAAAUGUAUGGAUGACAGUAACUACAAUAAAGAUGCAUGUGCCAACUAUUUUUUAAGGUACAGAAACUGCAGAAAAUUCUGGAAUGGGAUUAUGAUGCAAAGAAGAAUUGAUGGGAUACAACCAAACAUGCCUACAGCAGAAGAAAGAGAGAGAAUCAUGGCUUCAAUGGAAAGAAUACCAUACUGAUCAUGCAGUGGUUUAAAAUGUGCAAUACUUAAUGAUAAACAAGGUGCUCUGAAAAGUGUGUAAAACUACCAUUGCUUCUUUAAGCAUCCUUGUACAAUGUUCUCUGAACUAUUAUUAAAUUACUGCCUCCA